AGCUGUUUCUGUUUCGUUUCUCGUAGUUAUCCGUCAGAUCGUUGUUGAUCUUGUGCCUGUUUUCGUUCUCGUUCAAAAAUUAACUUCGACAUAGAAGUUGAUUAGAACAACGAAUUUUAAUCAACAUAUAUAUAACGAUAGUGCUGAAUAAGAAAAUCGUUUCAAUGGAAGGAUCGCCGAAAUGAACGACUAACCUCACUUUUCAGCCGCUAGGUUCCUCGAGCAACCAUGUAAAUCAUUGAAAACAUUCCAAUGUAUCAUUUAAGUCGAUCGUACGGCGCGGAUAGUUCAUCCACGUUCUUUUCUGCGACAUAUCGGAACGAUUUGAAUUGUUCUCCUCGAAGUAUUAUCCUCAAUGAGAUUUCUCGUGGAAUCAAGUUGCUGCAGUGCUCUCGAAAACUUGUAGUACGGGUGCUCGGUGUCGACGUUUGCACUAAUUAUAAUAUACUAUGAUGACCGAGAAAUCCAGGAAAAUAGUGACUAGAUUUCACCCGACUCACGGGGAAAAUAUUAUGUUGAGAGAGGACAACACUGUGGCAUAUCGUACUGCUAGUUUUGCAAACUCUCUGGCCUUCAGCGAAAAGCCACUACAACCAGGUGAAAUAUUCUUGGUGGAAAUUGAGAAGACUGAAAGAGGAUGGAGUGGACACAUGAGACUGGGACUGACUCUUAUAGAUCCUGCUUCCAUAAACAAUAGUCUGCCACAGUUCGCUAUGCCUAAUCUUGCUAAGCUUGGUAAUACAUGGAUAUUUGCCAUUACUAAAAGUCAUACUAUAUGGGACAGUAUUGAAGGAUAUGGUGAAGGAAUACCAUCUGGAGAGAAGAAAUUAAUCACAGAUGGAGUAAAUGUGCAAACUUCUCGAGGAGUUAUCCCAUUUAAUUCCCUUAGACCAAAUACAGUUGAUUCUUCUCAGUAUAUUCUACCUACAGAUGCUGGUAGUCGUAUUGGAAUUAUGUAUGUGCCACAAGCUGGUUCAGAUAAAGCAGAAAUGCAUUUUAUAAUUAAUGGUGAAGACCAAGGUGUAUGUGGAAAAGACAUACCAUAUAAGGCAGGUCCUUUACGUGCUGUAGUAGAUGUAUAUGGUACCACAAAACAAGUCAGAAUAGUUCAGCUAUAUGGUGUAUCUACUCUACAAAGUGCCUGCCGUGAUGCUAUACUACAGUAUACUAAAAGGAAUGCAGUUGAUUUACUUCCACUUCCACGAGUUCUAAAAGAUUAUCUGUUGUACCAAUCACAAUGAAAUUUCAUCUUAUCUCUCGACUGUAUUUCCUCUACGCGUUUGUAUAGCCAUUUCAAUACCCAUAUAAUUUCUUUGACAAUUCAUUUUUUCUACAAUUUGCAAUGCAUUUGUUGCAUAAAUCAUACUUUCAUUUAUUCUAAUUAUUUUAUCCUAGGACGGAUGAAUGAAACUUUGUAAAACAAAUCUAGAAUUGCUUUCAUUCUUCUAAUUAGCUGUUCCUUCACUUUUUUAAAGUGUAUAAUUUAACAUCUAUGUAAUACGUGUACUUUGCGUAAAUGCUAGGAUGUAAUAUGUACAUAAUGUAAGAAGUUGUUGACAGAACACUGAAUAAGUUCUGAUAAGCGACGGAGUAUCGCCUUUUCUAAUUCUUGCAUUUAGCACUUAUUAGCGAUUACACUUUUACAAGUUUAUGAC